CUCGCUCCCCGGCGCGGCCAGGGCGGGCGCCCGCUGCCCGGCUCCGCGGCGGCGGCGGCGUCUUGUUGUGGGCGAGGGAGCGAGGAGCGGGUUGUGUGAGUUUGUGGGUCGGCUUGGCCGUUGGGUACUAACCCCUGGUGUGCAGGGAGGCAGCCGCUCACGGGAACUGGGGGUGGGGCGCAGGGAAAGGGGACCGCUCCUCCAUGAAUUCACCGUGAGCUGCUCCGCCCUCCUGCUAGGGUCUGUCCCAGAAACACAGGAAUAGAAUGAGCCAGGGAGACUCAAACCCAGCAGCAGUUCCACAUGCAGCUGAAGAUAUUCAAGGAGACGACAGGUGGAUGUCGCAGCAUAACAGAUUUGUCUUGGACUGCAAGGACAAGGAGCCCGAUGUGCUGUUUGUGGGUGAUUCCAUGGUGCAGUUGCUACAGCAGUAUGAGAUAUGGCGAGAGCUUUUUUCACCCCUUCAUGCAUUGAAUUUUGGGAUCGGUGGGGACACAACAGCUCAUGUUCUGUGGAGAUUGAAGAAUGGUGAAUUGGAGAACAUUAAACCCAAGGUCAUUGUCGUCUGGGUUGGAACAAAUAACCAUGAAAAUACAGCGGAGGAAGUAGCAGGUGGAAUCGAGGCCAUCGUGCGGCUGAUAAAUACCCGACAGCCACAGGCCAAAGUUAUUGUAUUGAGCUUGCUACCUCGAGGCGAGAAGCCAAACCCUUUGCGGCAGAAGAAUGCCAAGGUGAACCAGCUGCUAAAAGCCUCGCUCCCAAAACUCGCCAGCGUCCAGCUCCUGGACGUCAGUGGGGGCUUCGUGCACUCAGAUGGCGCCAUCUCGUGCCAUGACAUGUUUGAUUUUCUGCACCUGACGGGAGGGGGCUAUGCAAAGAUCUGCAAACCCCUCCAUGAACUGAUCAUGCAGCUACUGGAGGAGACCCCUGAGGAGAAGCAAGCUGCUCUGGCCUGAUCAGCUAAUAUCAGUGUUCAACGUCAUCCCGGCCCCAUCAGAUCAGUUCUAUCCCUGGCACUACAGAAUCCUUCUUUCUUAAAGCACUUUCCAUUGUAGAAUGUUACUGGAUGUUCGUAUCUAGUGUUUUGAGGGGGAGGGCUAACGUCAAACUGGUCUUGUACAUAAAAGGGCAGGGCUGACUGGUUUUACUGCAGGAAGAAAUUAGCUAAAGAAGAUUUUUACUUUUAAACCAUUCCUCAUUUAAAAUGAGAACAAGACUGUCACCUCUGUGCCCCUCCACAUGCAUUAUUCCUCUACGGUGCCCCAAGAACCCUGUCAGCCUGACUCUAAUAACCCAUAUGCAGCUCUCGGUUUAGCUUUUCCUUUCCCCUUAGGGAUUAUACUCUUAUGUAUUAGCUUGGGAACCAGAAUUGCAUUCCACUCACUAGAAACAAAACAACUGCAUUUUUUUUCAAAAACCGUUCCCACCUUUAGAAGUUUUAUUUACUAAGGUUUUUUUAAGAGACACUUGUUGCUUUCUGGCUCUUUGUUUUUGAAGCAGCAUGAGACUAAAUGUAACUGGAAUUCAGAAAUGUAAAAAACCAAAGUGUUAGUUGAGCUGAACUCAUUUAACACUCCCAAAAUAUUGUUGUGUUUUACAAAGUCUGUUCGGUGUGACAAACUUCAUUCCAUUGUUGCUUGGGCUGUGGGCAGUCUCAUUUGGGUGCUGUUGAAUAUCAUGUCUUCUGUAGUACCUGUUCUUUGGUUUGUGUACAGUAUUGGCAGCUUUUAACAGUUCUUUGGUUUAGGAGCUUAGUUUUCCAGCAAACAUCAGACACAAGCCGGUCAGAAACGUAGAGUUGACAGUUCAUCCCACGGGGAGGGCUGUGCUACAGGAUUCUGCACAGGGCUGUUCAUGUUCAUCGUUCCAAUUUUUUUAAAGUAUGACUGUUACACUUUUUUUUUUUUUAAAUCCAUACUCAGCCCAUCUUUGCAAGGCCGGAACCAAUCUAACGCUUUACCAGUGCUAUGGUGUUUAUUUCUUUAUUGCUUCUGUUUUACUUGUACAAACAUUUUAUUCAAGCAAAUAAGGCCUUUGACAGUAAAGAAUUGAGUCAGUCUGUAGCCUUUUCCUCUCCUGGACACUGCCCCUUUCCCCUCCAGCAAAUGGAGUUAGUGUGGAGAGUGGCCUGUUCAUAAGGACUCUGUCUCGCUAGAGCUUUUUAUACGAGAGCUAAUUAUAAUCUGUGUAAUGACUAUAUAAAAUUGUCAUUCAUUUAAAGGUGAACAGGAAAAAAACAUUCUUAUCAAUAAGAAACUGUUUGAGACCCAAUGCAGAGCCUUGCUACUUAAAAAUAAAAAUACUUUAACCAAGUUUAUUCUUCAUUGACUUACCUACCACAAUUGGAGUUCCGCAGUGGUGUUAUCGCUGGUAAUGGUUCACACCACCGCUUGCUAAAAUACAACAGCCAAUGCAGGCUCUGCACUGGUUGAAGUGUUCAUGAAGGCUGCAACCUUCAAGUGUCAUGCUGCUUUUUGGCAGGUAAAUAAGAGGAAAUGAUUUUUGUUUUACAUUUUUGUUAAACAGGAGAUCUAACUAGAUUGCUUUUUCUACCCCACUACAAAAAUACGUACAUAUGUAGUAUAUAUAGCCUGUUUGCCCUUUUAUUCUAGUAAAAGGUUCUGUUUAAGGCAGGCUUUAAUCUAGCAUUAAGGAAUGUGUUUAUGUCCCCAUCACGCUUCUCUGCUGCUGUAGGAUUUGUCAUAGCAGGAUUUCUGCCUGGAUUGCAUGCAUAGCGUGUGUGUGUGUGUGUCUCCAGUAUAUGUGAUCCACACAGAGGUGUGGAGGAAAGCCGAAGAAUCCCACUUCCCAGAAAUAAAGGUUCAAGUUUGAUAGUGCUCAGUGGGAGAGGAGUAGUCCUGGUCUUAUCUCCUCAGGCCAGCGUGGGUUGGGGGAGUGUUCCAUGGGCCCAGUCAUCAUGUUUGUUCAGCAGCACCACUACCUUCCCUUCCAACAGCUUGAAACAUUAACGGUAGAAACAUCAUUCAGCUCUGCUGAAAGAAUGGAGGCCUCAGCACAGGAACUUGGGGGUGUGGAGUAGAGAGAGCAAGCAGAUUUUAAAACAAAAGUUGGGAGGAGAAGAUUUAGCAGGGUGGUAUGGCCCCACCUGUAGCAAGAGUCGGGGGAUGAAACAGGACUUCGGUCUUUGCUAGUUUUUGAGGGUUGUAGGCUUUUGUUGAAAGGUACCAUGUUUGUUUGACCAUGCACUAAAUGUCUCUCCAUGGUGUCACCACACUGGUAAGACAGCUACUUACUGGCAGUCUAGUUGUUUUUUUUUUUUUAUAGAAAGCUCUAACUCUUUGUAACAGUGCAGUGUGUUUACAGCUGAGGCUGUCUUCAGCUGUGACCCAGAGCCCUUUGGUUUGGUGCUGAUUGCAGUGGUGUGGGUCUGGCAUGUUGAAUAUACAUUGGUUGGGCAGGGGCAGAGUAGCUCAGGUGGCUCUCCAUGCUCACGGAUGUCUUGCUGAGGUGCCAUGUUGCUUAGGCAUGGGUCACCGUUCACAACCCUUCAUCUCCAGUCUGCAUUGUGUCUUUCCCAGCUGCGUUAACCACCUCUGUGUGUGCCCAUGGCAGUGGCUGCUGUGGAAAGGAAGGGCAGCUUUCUUCUCUCUGGGACAUGGAAGCUACUGUCCUGUUGCCACCAUCUAGCAGUGACCAGGCCAUAUCCCAGUGUAACCACAUGUCCUUUGGGGAAGGCAAGGAGAGAAUCUUUUUCUCAUUGUACCAAAAUUAGAGCCUGGUUCUGAGAAGUACUGAGUAUUUGCAAUUUCAACUGUAGAGUGCUUGCCACCUCUGGGGAUCAGGCCCAGCAGACCCCAGUGUGGGUGCUCCUGUGUAGCCUUUGUGACUUCUUCCAUUGUAACUGGCUGAUUGUGAAAGAACUGACCCUUUCUGAACUUUUAAUUUUUUUAAAUAAUCUAGUUACCGUUUACAGUUGUAUGCUGAAGCCUGGGAUCUUGUCUGUGCUGUGGUGUAUGAGCAUUGCCAAUUUUAUAUUUAUUGCAGUGAAGAAAAUGCAGAGGAAACGGUGUGAAAGGAAGGAGAGAGUCCUUGUCUCUGAACUCGUAUGUGGGUGCAAGCAAGGGGACUCCAGGUGCAGGCUGGGGGACCUCAAAGGCUGGAAGCUUGCACAGUAUGUAAAAUCCAAUUACAGCCCUGCUUCACGGUGACCUUCCUUGGGGGCGCUGCCCACUGCUGGGAGCUGACUGAACCUUCCCCAGGAAAAGCUGUGAUUCUGCUUUGGCAAAAUGGCAUUGACUGGUAGAACUCACUAUGUUUAGUGCAUAUUUCAAUAUAAAUGUAAAUGUUUCACCCCAA